GUUUGAUUUUAAGUGUUGAGUCUUGAACUGCGUCAUUCAGACACCAGGGGGCAGCAGAUGAAGAAAAGUCCUGUUGAAGAAUUUGAGGCUCAGACAGGAAGCCGUGCGUCCAUCUCCUCCAUCGUCUCCUCCCGCAUGCUGACGGACGUCUACGGUGUCAAAUCCCGGCUCGAGGUUGCCCUAGCAACUCAACCCAUGGACCAAUGAGACGGAGACCUCCCCCCUUCCACCUCCCUCUCCACUCCUCUCCUCACCCCUCCAUCCUCAUCGCGACACCACCUCCGCUGGAGCAGGGAGGGGGAGGGAAGCGAAGCAGAGAUCUGGGAGUCCGGGAGUCCAGGAGACGGACUGAACCGUUUUUUCCUUCGUGCGUCCUGUGCGCGCUGAUGGCACAGAGCGCGCGCCGUCCCUUGUAACCAGGUCCACUGACAGCUGGUGUCGGUGCCGCUGGUUCACGCCGGACACUUGUUGGUCUCCUGGACUCGAUCUGGACCCGUAGACCAAACUGUUUGUUGAGUCUCCGUCCUGGACCGUGGCGGGACCUGAACCAACGCGGGUUCAUCUCCUCGGACUUUACGCGUUUCUCUCCGCUCCUCUGGUUUUGGACCGGUAGGGAGAAGGGAGGGGAGGUUAGGCUGCAAAAGUCUCAUCUCAUGAUGGGACACGGCAGCUGUCAUCUGCCGCGAGGAUGAGCCACAGAAGUAGCCCGGCCAGAGCGUACGACUUCCUGCUCAAGUUCCUGCUGGUGGGAGACAGCGACGUCGGGAAGGGCGAGAUCCUGGCGAGCCUGCAGGACGGAGCCUCCGAGUCCCCGUACGGAUACAACAUUGGAAUUGAUUACAAGACGACCACCAUCCUGCUGGAUGGGAGGAGAGUCAAGCUGCAGCUGUGGGACACGUCUGGUCAGGGACGAUUCUGCACCAUAUUCAGAUCCUAUUCCAGAGGAGCACAGGGAGUUAUUCUGGUGUACGACAUCGCCAACCGCUGGUCCUUUGAUGGAAUUGACAGGUGGAUCAAAGAGAUAGAUGAGCAUGCCCCGGGGGUGCCCAAGAUCCUGGUGGGGAACCGUCUCCACCUGGCCUACAAGCGUCAGGUGACCACGGAGCAGGCGCAGGUGUACGCGGAGAAGCUGGGCGUCACCUUCUUCGAGGUCAGUCCGCUGUGUAACUUCAACAUCACAGAGUCGUUCACCGAGCUCGCCCGAAUCGUCCUGAUGAGACACGGCAUGGAGCGACUGUGGAGGCCCAACAAAGUCUUGAGUCUUCAGGACCUCUGCUGUCGCUCCAUCGUCUCCUGCACCCCGGUCCACCUGGUCGAUAAACUCCCCCUCCCACUGGCUCUCAAGUCCCACCUCAAGUCCUUCUCCAUGGCCAACGGACUCAACGCCCGUAUGAUGCACGGACGCUCCUACUCCGUCACCGCCAACGCCGCCCACCACGGCGCCACCAAGAGGACCGGAGGGACGCUGCUGAAAAAAACCAAACUGAUCCGACCACCGCCGCUCAGCCCGUCUGCACAAAGCUGCAGAAACAGCUGCAAAAUAUCCUAACAGCUAGACACGCCGACCGGAGAUUGUGUCAGUGAACGCACCGUGUGUGACCCAUUUUAGAGAGAUGGUGACUAGGUUUGACCUCCCUGCUGCUCCCAGAUACUUGUUCCUGCAGAAAAGGAAGAAGUGAAAAUCAAAAUAAAAGCCGUCAGCAGUUUGACUUCACUUACAGGAACACAGAGCUGAAGUCCUGCCACUGUUCAUUAGGGAAGUGCGUUUUCUCACAGAGAGAAGCUCAAACAUGGUACUUGAGUUUCGGGGUCUUCACUGGUCCUAAAACCUGAACCUGAUCUGAAAUGGACCUGUAGAAAACCGAGCUGAGGAUGGUUGCAACAGUUUUUGCAUUUCUCUCAGUAACUCAGACCAACCAAACUUUUAUAUAUUAAACUAUUAUGAAGCAUCUGUCUGAUAAUCACCCAUACCAUUAAAAGAUGAUUACAUAUGACUAUCAUUCACAAUAUUUGAAUGGAAGAAUUCAGAUGUUGUAAUUGACCCCAACCCUAAGGACAGCUGCAACAUAUCAAAAAUACAUUAAAUUAUAAAUUAAAUUAUUAACCGAUUGCUUUUUCACUCAAUGAGCAUAGCAUAGUAUUCUGAAAAUAUGCCUUGUUUGACAAUGCUAUUAUACUAUUAUUUAUUUAUUUAAUCAUUUUCAUCAAAGAACAGUUAUUGAGUUUUGUUUUGCGCAGAAUAUUGAACAGAACAUGAUGAACAGAACAGGCAAAUAUAUUAUAAUAAAAAUUCCCAAAAUAACGUAUAUAUACGUAAUAAUGUAUUUUCUUAUGCAUUAAAACGAGCAAUCAUUGUUGCAUCUGUUGCUAUGGGACAAAGUUAGCUGCAUAUUUUGACUGUUUUGAACAAAAACUGUUGUGUGGUGUGUCUUGAUUCGGCUGCUUAGCCUGGGGACAGUUGCAACAACUUGUUGCAACGGUCUCCUCCCUGUCAGCCAUGACAGACAUGCUAACACUGUUAUUUAGAAGUCAACAAAAUAAAAUACUCAUUCAAAAGCUCGGGACAGUUUGACAAAAAUACACCUCAUUAAAAAAAAUUACCUUCAGUGGGAGAAGGGUCUAAGUGAGCAUGUGCAGUAUGAGUGUCAUCACUCUAGCAUGUUUCUGAUUGGAGGAAUUGUUGCAACCGUCCCCAGUCUCCACUAAAAGCCGUUAUUCUAAUGAUAGCUAAAUGCAGAAGCGAAUUUAUUAUUUUCCGGGCUGUAUAGCAGCAGUAAUCACAUCUUGGCACAAGAUCUUCACUGUCAGAUGAGCGGGAAGUCGAAUGAAGAUUGUGCGUGAAGAAACUGUGGAAAACGAAAACUGUUGAUGAACUUUCAUACGGGCCAAGAAAUCCACCUGAAAGCUGUUUCAAAGAACAGCUGUUUGCUGGUGUAUGUUGCAUUUCUGGGUCUGUUUUGUUGUUCGAUGUGUUUUAUUUCCUCACGUGGAUUCAUAGAAGACGUGACAUUAUACCCACAUCAACAGUAAAUGUGUGUUGGUGUCAAAAUUACAGAACGAAGGCUCUGUCUUUCUGCAGCCACCAUUUUUAAUCUAACAUAUUAAAACCACUGUUGGAAAAGAAAUUGGAGAUUCUGAGAAAAAUGCAAAAUGUUGAGACAAAAAAAAGGCAGAAUUUCAAAAAAUAAAUUAUAUCAAAAAAAUUGUCUAGAAAAAAGUUGCAAUCCCAAUUCAAUCAUAACGAUAUUCUAUUAUCACAAAUUAAGAUAAUUACAUUAUGAGAUUGUAAGUCAAAUCUGUAACUCCUAAACCUAAUUUGUAUUUCUCUCAUAUUCAAAAUAUUUUUAAAAAUUCCUAAAAUUACUUUAUUAAUAAUAGUUGCAGUUUUUAGUAAACCUAUAACUUUUCUAAGUAACAUAUUCUCUUAAAACCACAACUUUAUCUUGAAAUCUUGCAACUUUUUCUUGGAAUUUUACAACUUUUUCUUCUAAUUUUAAAACUUAAUUCUUCAGACGUUACAGCAUUUUUUUUCCUGAAAUCAUUAACCAUUGUCUCAUAGAAUUGCGACUUUAUUCUUGAAAUUUUACAAUGGUAUUCUAAAAAAGUUAUUACUUUAUUCUUAAAAUAUUACAACUUUUUGUAAACUAUUUUAUUCAAAAGUGGACAAUUCUCCUGCAGAAUUACAACUUAACCUCAAAAUAUUAGACUUUUCUCAUAAUUUUAUUUCAUGAAAUAAUUGAGCUUUUUUUUGCCUAAUUCUCAAAACCAAAUUACUUUUUCUCAGUGUUGCAACAUUACUUAUAAAAGAUUGUGACUUUUUCAACAAAAUAUUACAGUAAUUCUCUGAAAAAGUCAACAUUUUGCUCACAAAAUCAAUUGAUUAAUUUGUUUUUAUUUUUUCCUAUCAUUUUGACUUUUUUUCACAUUACAUUUUGCCUUUUUUUUUUUAACUAUUUCAACUUUAUCUCAAUUUUUGUUCCUAACAGUGACCUUAAUACUCUAUCGUACUUAGGAGACAAAGAAACACGUAGGAGCUGCAGUUGGACUUUUGAAACUACCUGUCUUGAUGUUUUUGAAGGUAUUUCGGGGGGAUAUAGCUAAUCAUGAAAUUCAAAUUACAGCACUGGAUCACUAAAUACCUGCAGGACGUCACUGAUCCUCACAGAUUGAUCUUAUUAUACAUGUAUAACAGUUGUGCAGCUUCUUCCUCAGGAUUUUUCUAUAAAACAGACACAUGGACAAUAAUAAUAAUAACACACACACACACACACAAACACACAAACAAACACAAACAUAAUACAAGCACUAUGUAUUUUUGCACAAUGAAAUCGAUGAACACACUUUAAUCUUUGUGUCUGAGAUCGAACUUUACUCCGUACUCUUCUUUAUGGCCUGUUUUAACCAAACUAUCAGAUGAACCUCGGCUUUUCAGACACACCAACAGCUGCGAUAUGUGUACAAUAUUUGUACGUAUUGUAAAUAUGACUGCUUGAUAAGACGAUGAUGUAGAACCUGUAGGGUUUUUAUCUGUUGUUUUUACCUGAGUGACACCUGCACCAAAGACUCUGUGUCACUGACGGAGGAGGUCACUGAACAGAAAGCUCUGUUUUGCACUGUUGAUCAAUGUUUAAUAAGAUGCACCUUUACAAUAAACUUACCCACCGUGACUGUCUGUGGUUUAUGCUUACA